AUGCAGGCCGCUACCCACGGCAGUCGCGCGCCCACGAUCGUGGACAGCCUUUGUGCCUGGCAGGCACGCCGCGUGCGCCUGGCGAGCCCGCCUGGCACCGACGCCGACGCACAGGGCGUGCGUGGGGCCGUCCAGGUCGAGGCGUUCAGCUCGGUGGUAGGCCUCGGGAUGACCAACCUCUCGAUGGUCUUCAUGCAGCAGCUGCAGACCGUGGACAUGCUGCUCUUCUGUCUCGCCAACGGCGCCGUCUUCAUCCUCUGGAUCAUCUUCGUGCUGCAGAUGCCCCUCACCGAUGCGCUGCACGCCGCCUACGUGGGCAGCAUCGUGGUGACGGCGGUGUGCGUCCGCCAGCAGCGCGACCUCGAGGACAUCGAGAGGCGCACGUUCGACCACGAGCUGCUUCAGGCCAGGGGCAUGCUGGUGCGGACGGCCGACAGGAUCGGUAUGCAGGC